UUCCAAUCAUAAGCCCUUGUAUAUUUACCCAUUUUCAAAACAAUGGCAACUUGUAUCGACCAAAGCCUGGUGAGUAACACUUUAUGCAGGUUUUCCAAAUUAUGCAGACCCACUUUCUCAAAUCUCGUUUCAUGCAAGAAUGAGGAAAAAGAUGAAAUCUUUGUGAAAAUUAGAGAGGAGGCUCAAUCUGAUGUACAGCAGGAACCCAUCUUGUUCAGUUACUAUUUUGAAUUGAUAUUGUCUCAUAGAACUUUCGAGAGUGCUUUAGCAUAUCACCUGGCUACGAAAUUAAGCAGCUCAAAUCUUUCCACGGAUGUCCUCUUGGAAGUCUUCAACAAGGUUCUGGCGGAUGACUGUGAGAUCAGGGCAGCCAUAAGAGAUGACCUCAAGGCUGUGAGAGAGCGUGAUCCUGCUUGCAUUAGUUAUCUUCAUUGCUUCCUGAAUUUCAAGGGGUUCCAGGCUUGUCAGGCUCAUAGACUGGCGCACAAGCUGUGGUUACAAGGGAGGAAGGUAAUGGCUCUGUUGAUUCAGAGUCGGGUUUCUGAGGUUUUCGCUGUUGAUAUCCAUCCUGGAGCGAAGAUUGGAAGAGGGAUUGUAAUUGAUCAUGCUACUGGAGUUGUGAUUGGUGAAACAGCAAUGGUUGGGGACAAUGUAACUAUUCUGCAUGAUGUGACUUUGGGCGGAACAGGGAAAGUUUGCGGGGACAGGCAUCCAAAAAUUGGAAAUGGAGUGUUCUUAGGUGCAGGAGCUAAAGUGUUGGGGAGCAUUACAAUUGGAGAAGGGGCUAAAAUUGGGGCAGGGUCUGUGGUUUUGAAGGAGGUUCCUCCAAAAAGUACAGCAGUGGGAAACCCUGCUAGACUACUAUGAAAUAUGUAACCAAACAUGAUGUUGUUUUUGUCUGAAUUGUUUAGGUGCAAUUCAUUUUCAUGUUUCUCAUAUAUUCUUUCAAUGCUCUAUUUCUUUGU